AUGACUUCUGAAGCAAUUGACUUGACUGGUGCCUCGCCACUGACAGGCACACCGCCUCCUGUAAUAAAAAGAGAACAACCUCUACCACUAGCUACUGUCCCUCGAGAACAGGCAUCGACACAGAGCGCCUUCUUUCUGUAUGAGAAAGAGUGUCGCCUGGCCUGGAUCAAGUACCUGGGCCUCCUGGGAAGGGUCAGACUCCGCGAGGGGGCUGACGGGCACCCAUUUUUUCACGGGACGCCCCCUGCGAUGCAUGAGAUCGCGCCAGAAAGACUAGAUGUGAUCCAGAAACAAGCAAUGAGAGACCCUAGGAAUUCGCUCAUCACCAUCAGCAAAGUCUUGAACGUCCUCAGAGACCGGCCCCAGCAGUCCCACAUCGCAUGGGGCGUUCUCCAGCAAAGGCUAUCCGAUCCGCACCGGGACGUUAUCAAGCGCUGGGAAGCAUUAGGCUCUCGGAACUCCAUGCAUCUCUUGAACCCCGUCCAGGCGUUGCCCGAGCAGGCUACGGCCUACAAAGAAAUCCAACCCUCUAUGUUCCGCUUAGUGGGUAUUCUGACAAAUGAGGAAGACCCGGCCAGUUCCCCAGGCUAUGUGCUCCCUAUGGCGUCUUUCGAGAGGUCAGUCUGGAAAGGGGAGAAGGCGUUGAAUGAGAUUGAGCGUCGAAAGUGCGCCGAUAUGGCGCUGCGAUCCCUGCAAAAGUUCAUGGAUUCACAGAAGAAUGAAGAGGUGAUCAGCAAGAUGAUUGAGUUCCAGAAACAUUAUCAAGCUUUGGCGGCUCUGAGCUCGAAGUGA